GUUCACACUAUGCACAAUUGAAUUCUAUCGUUGGUUGUAGCUAUCGCCAAACACAUGAUCAGCACGGAAAACGCAAUACAAUCAAAAUAACAAAUUUUUUUUUUUUAAUAUACGCAAACAUAUUGUUGCUAUAUGUGGCUUUUAUUAAAACGAACUCAGCUAAAAGUUAAAUAUAGACUAAGACUGCCAUUUACUGAAUAGAAAUUUAAAGCAUAACAUGGCGGACCUAAUACAUUUGGGUAAUAUAGAUGUGGUCAUUCAAAAAGAUAAGCCCGGAUCGCCAACGGGCUGUUCCGACGAUGGAAACUUGGCGGGAUUGGGUGGCAUGAGUGGCUUGGGUAUGCCACCCAAUGGCCUAAUGGCCACUGGUGGCAUCGACUUGGGCGAUUUAGCACAGGAAUUGGAUCACGACGAAUUCGAUGGACCCCAUAUGCAAAAUGGUGAACGUCCAGCGAUUAUUGCUCCUCCGGAAAGUGAAUGGUACCAUGGACGACUCGAUCGCUAUUCCGCAGAGUCGCGUCUCAGGGGAAGCAGUAAAUUGGGCAGCUAUUUAGUCCGUGAAAGUGACCGCAAGCCUGGCUCUUAUGUACUAAGCUAUUAUGGGCGCACCGGCAUAAACCAUUUUCGAAUCACAGCCGUUUGCGGAGACUUUUAUAUCGGUGGACGACAAUUCAUUUCCUUGAGCGAUCUAGUUGGCUAUUAUACCUCAUGUAGCGACCUACUAAAACGCGAAAGGUUAGCCAUACCAGUUGCCCCGCCGGAGCCAGUAAAUGACAAGAAGCGCGUCGUUGCCAUCCUGCCUUACACCAAAAUGCCAGAGACCGAUGAGCUGAGUUUCCAGAAAGGUGAUAUAUUCUUCGUGCACAAUGACAUGGGCGACGGAUGGUUGUGGGUGACGGCCCAUCGUACUGGCGAGCAGGGAAUGAUUUUCCGAGAACUUGUUGAUGACUUGGAUGUAUCGAUUGAUCCGAAUACCGUGUUUCCUUGGUUCCACCCGAACUGUACCAAAAACGAAGCCGUCGAUAUGUUGGUUAAAGCUGGUCCAGGAAGUUUCUUGGUUCGUCCCAGCGACAACUCUCCCGGUGACUACUCUCUUUUCUUCCACAUAAACAACCAAAUCCAACGCUUUCGUAUUGAGAAGAAGGGCGUACGAUAUUUGAUGGGCGGGCGGACUUUUGAAUGCCUGGACGCAGUUAUAAAUCGAUAUCGUAAGGAGCAAAUUGUCGAGGGCCACUCACUCAAUCAUCCCGUUGUCAAUGGCAUUCAGCCGGAGUUCAAUCAGCAAUACGUCGUGGAGAAGGCUGCUGAAAAGAUUUACGCAACACUGCGUGAGUGUCGCGACCAAAUUGGCCUUAAGAAAAUCAAAGGAAUCAAACACCAUGGGCAUUUAAACAAAAAAUCCGAUAAAACGACCAAAUGGAAGCAACUAUAUUUCGCUUUAAUUAACGACGGAUCUGAGACGCAACUCUGUUUCUACGACAAUCCGAAGAAGACCAAACCGAAGGGUCUGAUCGAUUUGUCAUGUGCUUACCUCUAUCAAUGUCACGACUCUCUGUGGGAGCGUCCCUAUUGCUUUCAAAUUGUCGAGAGGGCGUUGCCCUGUUUGGCCACCGUGACAUAUCUCUGUGCUCCUAGUCAGGAAAGCUACGUGGAAUGGAUCAACUCUCUGAAGGCCCAGUGCGACUCACAGUUGAGUCGGGCCCAGAAGAAGGUGUCGCGUCUACGCGAGCUUCGUUGUCUCAAUCUGCAUGUGCUCGAAGCGCAUCGCUUACCAUUCAAACUAGUGCCACAUCCAUACUGCAGUAUUUCGCUAAACCAAGUCAAAGUGGGCAAGACGCGUGUCAAAAUUGCACCCGAACCCGUUUGGGAGGAGGAGUUUGUACUAGACGAUGUUCCGCCAGAUGUUGUCUCCCUAACCAUAACGUUAAUAUCUCGGGGAAAACGUGGCAAAGAUUCCGAAGUGGCCGAGCUAACCAUUGACUUGUCGAGCCUGAAGAAUGGACAGGAGACCGAGGGCUGGUACCAGCUCACCGGAAUGACGCCCAUGGGUGAAUGGGGUUCGCUGCGGCUGCGUAUGCGCUACCUCGACGAUCUGAUAAUGCCAUGCGAGGAGUACAGUCCUCUGCAGCAACUGCUGCUCGAAUCGGAACUUUAUGCUGUGAAGGCGUUGGCAGAACUGUGUCACAACGAUCGCGUUCCUUUGGCCACGGCUCUGUUGCGAGUAUUCCGGCAGGAGAAACGGGAGACGGAAUUAAUUCGAAUGCUGUGCCAAGCGGAGGUGACGCGUGAAAAUGAGACGACAACGCUGUUUCGGGGCGCUUCUCUGGCCACAACACUAAUGGAUCUAUAUAUGCGCACUGAAUGCAGUGGUUUCCUGCAGUCGGCAGUUAGCGAAACUGUACAGCGUAUUCUCGAAAGUAAACAGUCGGCUGAAUUGAAUCCAACUAAAAUGGACGUCAACGAUGAUGCCUGUACGAAUGCAGAGUUCCUUCUGCAGAUCCUUGAUCUUGUUACCCAGUCAAUAUUCACUUCACCGGACGCCUGUCCACGAAACGUGCGCUUCAUUUGCAAUUGUCUUCAGAAAGCUGUGAUGGCUAAGUGGCCAACAGAGCGGCUGGUGCGCACCCGAGUCGUCUCUGGUUUUAUAUUCUUACGUCUAUUGUGCCCGGCGUUGCUGAAUCCGCGCCAAUUUGGCCUGGUCAGUGAGACGCCUCCGAUGGCAGCCACUCGUUCAUUAGUCAUGGUCGCCAAGUGUCUGCAGAAUCUGGCCAACUUGAUUGAGUUUGGCGGCAAAGAACAAUACAUGGAGGUUGUCAAUCCGUUUAUUUUGAAAAACAAGGAACGCAUGAUUGUGUUCUUGGAUCAACUAUCCUUGGUAACCGAUCCGAAUCCUCCGCUUGGAAUGUUUGUCGAACAAAGUACAAAUCUCAAUUCGCAAGACACUGGGCGCGAGCUGGCUACCUUGCAUCACAUCUGCGUGUCACAUUCGCAAGAACUACACGAAUUAUCCAACAUACUUUCAAUUAAAAAGCUGGUCACAGUUACGGACAUGUUGACCAAGCAUAAACUAAAGUAUCGCGAGAUGAUCAGCUAAAAUAAAGUGCGAAGAACGGAUAAUAAAAGAGCUGUCGUCUUCUUAUCUAUCUACAAGUCCCUUCAUACCUUUUUAUAAAAAUAUUUAUAUGUGUAUACUAUUAGAAUACAUAAAAUAAGAACUCAUAAUAACUGGUUGAAUUGUAUUGGAAUAGUAAACAGAAUAUCAUUUAUAAAAAUUAUUUAUAUGAAAUGAAACAAAUAUUUAACAGA